AUGGGGUGUAGAGGGCUCUGGAACUUACACAUCAAUGGGAAAUGGUACCGCUUGUAUCACCCUCGAGGGCGGAUAAGUCCCCCUGACGAUGAGUCGACAUUACGAACAAUCAAACAUCUAUGCGACAAGCCCGACAAUCUUGCGGGAUGGGAACCAGCCCCGUUUCCUAGCCCAAUUCACUCGAUUCUAGAUUACAUAUACACUAUCGAUAUAGAUGCAGUACGGAUGGAUCUCGCCAAGAUCCAUAAGAUAUCUAGGAUAAAUCAUCAUAUGAUACGAAAAGCUGAAUAUAUGUCGAGUGAAUACAUUUGUGAGAGCAAUAAGGCACAAGCAAAGCAAUUCGAGACGUUUGAAAUGGAAUAUGGCAUCCCUACACCUAUAAACGAGCUACAGGGGCAAUUCUUUACCGACCUCCGCUUUUAUAUCGAUGACCCUUCGAUAUGGAGAUACAAUUCUCCUAUAUUUAGGGAUUUUGAGGUAUCUUUCGAAGAUUGCAACGUUGAGCUUCCAAUCUCUUUCGCGUCCCUUCCCCUUUGGAGCUACCCCGACGCGGACGAUGACCUCGAAUCCAUAGCUAUAAUAAACGGAGCUGUCUCAAAAGCUAGAUCAUACAUUGGCAACUCUCGGCUCACGUAUAACGACGUUCGCUUAAUUGUUAUUUCACCACGAUAUCUCGUUUUCGUGGAGCUUUCUCGCGAGGUUGUUUUGGCCUCUAGGAGCCUAGUAUUGCUUUCCAACUAUUCAGCAACCCAAUGUUCAUCUAGAUUCCGCGCUCUAGCCCGGAAGAAGCCUCGCGCCCAUAGGGAGAAGUGGCGUAUCAACGUGCCGCCUGAGAUUGUUCAGAUGAUUCUUUAUAAACUGGAACCACGAGAUGCCGUAGCAUUCUCGCAGGCAUCCUUCGCUGCUGAGCAAUGCUACUAUACUUCAGAAUCCCAGUUCAAGAACAUUGACGUGCAAAGUUUUAAGUCCUCUAUACCUUGCUGCGGCAAGCGCACUGGACUAGAGACGCACGGUAUUUGUUGUUCUGAAUGCCAUGUUUGGCAACACCUGGAAUGUGUCGGUCUAGAAAAUGAUUCUUCCGACUAUCGGUACGUUUGUAUGGGCUGCCAUGGAAGAGCCCACAUGGUACUUGAUCCUGGCAGG